AUGGACCGAAUUUAUAUUCUAUUACAUAUUUUUAUAUUUUUUGUAAAUAUUUUACAUAAUUCUCGAAUCGGUGCUGAUACGUAUAAUGUUAAGAUAGCAACUGAACAGCAUAUUAACUUGGUUGACAGUAAAUUUCUUAGUUUUACGAUCGAUCCAAAGUAUUUGUUUUCGUCGAGCGAAAAAUAUAAAACCAAAGAAUGCAUCUGCAUGGCAUCAGCGUUGACCCCAGCGUACAUCCGCAUCGCCGGUCCAUCUACAUCCCACAUGACGUUCAAGAACAGCACCAUAGCUAUAGACACAGAUGAGCCCAGGAAAUUGAGUCGUUACUACAAGAAGUUAACGGUUACUCAUAAGCAAUGGGAGAAAUUUGUUCACUGGACCAAAAAUACUGGUUUCAACCUGGUCUUCGCCCUAAACAACAAUGAAAAGACCAGCUCUGGUAUGUGGGAUCCUAACACCGCAUUGAAGAUCUUGACUGUAGCCGAUCAGUCGAAUGUCGGGGAGAUUAUCUGGCAAUUAGGUUAUGAAUGUAGAAACCAAUCAAUCGAAGAAUACCUAAAUGACCUGGAGACACUCAGAGUAAUUAUCGAGACUUAUGCUCCUGGGAGGGAUGGGUUAUGGAAGGUGGUGGGUGGUGACGUCACUCACUGUUUACAGGCGGACUCUAAGAGUGACUUUAAGGAUUACGUAACACUAUCAAACGAUAUGCUUGAUGCUAUAAUGUUGAAUGGUAACUCAUCAUACCAAGAGUUAGAGCGUAUGUCAGAAAGGGACCGACUCAAGUUACUCAAGUUGCUCAGCCAGAGUGACACCCCACUCUGGCUCACUGAACAAACUCAGAUGCUGAGUGAGUUUCAGAGAGCAACUGACUGGAUGAUCAGCCUUGGAUACUCCGCGAGGAACGGAUUUUCAAUACAUUAUAGGGAACUCAUGGAGAACGAAUUGUAUGAACCAACUUUGAGUUUCUACAUGGCACUUCUAUACAAGAACCUAGUGGGCGAGAGAGUGCUACGUGUAGACAGCGACACCUCACAAGCGACGGUGUUCGCGCACUGCACGUCCGCGCGGCGCGGCGCGUCCGGCGCGGUCACCGUCUACAGUGCGAAUGUGGACGACGAGCCCGCGCGGUUCUCUAUCAAGAUGACAAGUAAGGAGGAUGGAGGGGACAUGAUGCAAUUUAUCUUGUCUCAUGAUCACAAUGGAAAUAUAAUUGUAAAUAAUCGAGCCAUGUAUUACGAAGGUGAUAUUCGACCGGUUGUCAAACGCAUUCGUCCGUACAAAGUUUUACUUCUCAAUCUUCCACCGAAAUCUUUCGGUUUCUGGGUUCUCGCUAGCACACAAGUUCAAGCUUGCUUUAAUUUAGAUAAAAAAUUAAAUACAACUACAAAUAUCAAUACGAAGGAUAAAGAUAAUUUAAUAAUUAAAAAACGUUCUUUAGACGAAAACCACCAAGCAUUUGAAAUAUUGAAAGAAACUGCAGAUAAAUCUAAAGAAUUUGUUAAUGAUCCCCAAAACCAUAAGGUCAGCGAAGAAAAUAUAUUCUUAAAAGAAAGAAUUGAAAGUAUAAAUAAAGAUUUAAGAAAGGUGCAGAGAAUAUUUCAAGCUAAUGUAAAUAGCACUAGUAGUCCAAGGAGAGUGAGACGUCAAAUAUUAGAUAGUGGAAGCUUGAAGUCUAAAUUAUACAAUUUAAAAAGAAAAUAUAACUUAGGAGAAGAAUCACUUAAACAGAAUAUACGGGAAAUGCUAUCGAGAAUGUCGAAAGGACAUAUUUCAAAAAUAAGGAACAAAUAUAAGACAUCCCGUAAUAGUAAAAGAAGUUACAGAAGUCAAUCGAAAAGGAACUCAAAAGGAAUUAAGAUUUGCGAAAAAAGUAAAAUAAUAACACCUGAACCAAAUACUCCUACCGAUGUUGAUUUAGAAUCAGGUGGAAAUUUAGUAAGAAAACGUAGGCAUGUAAAGAAUAAACCAAAUACAAAAUAUGACGAGCAAUCAUCAGAGAACGAGAUAACCUAUGAUAGUAAAGAAAAAUAUCCUAUAGGAAAGAUAUUUCACAAGCUCAAAAAGAUAAAUGAUCUACCUUUAAAAAUACGCGACAGUUUGGAUGACAUGAUAGAUAUAGACGAUUAUGAUGUUAAUUCAGCUGAGGGUAUUGUUUUAAAAACCAAACUAUCAGAUGACAGUGCUGUCAUAGACAUAAGUGAUAAAUCUCAUACUGGUCUCAUAAAAUCAACUGUUGAAGAUAUUCUGACUUUACUAGCGGAAUUUAAUAAGAAUAUCAAUAAAUUUUGGGCGUCUAUUACGCUAUUAGAGUAACAGCAUUUGUGAAGAUAGCUUGAGUAUAAUUUGUAUAAAAUAAAUGGGUUUUUGAUAAGUUUAGUCAUUGUUAUUGAUAAUGAAAAAAUAGAUCACAAAUAAAAGCAGAUUUCAAUUUUAUCAUCAUUCAUUAUUACAUCGACUAUUAUAUAUCCAUUGGUAAACAUAUCCCCAGUCAAUCUCUAGAGCGACUGGUUCGAAGCGAAGAAGUAAACAGAUUGAAGUUUUUAGACAGUUACAAUGCGAAGAAGUACAUUUCUGAUUUGACGUUUAAUGAUAAAAAGCUAU